AUGAUGAGCCAGCGACGUGGGAUCCAUCUGGACCAGUCAGAGCUGCUUUGCAAGAAAGGAUGUGGAUUUUAUGGAAACACUGCAUGGCAGGGCCUGUGCUCAAAGUGCUGGCGAGAGGAAAAUCAACGAGAAAAGCAAAAACAGAUUCAAGAGGACUGGGCACUCGCUGAAAGGCUGCAGAGAGAGGAAGAGGAAGCUUACGCAAGUAGACAUCAGAAGACCCAAUCACAGUCGACCAUCACACCUUUCAGCAAGUUUGAGGAAAGAAAAACAAAGGAGAAGUCAAGCAAAGUUCAUACUGUUACAAAGUUCUUUACUCCUUCCACAAAAACACCACCAAAAAAAGACUCUCCUUUUGAGGCACAGUCUAGCCCCAGCCCGAGCUCCUCUGCAGGCCGCCAUUCUUCUGUGGACAGUGACCAUGCCACUCGAGAGUUCAUUGAUUUUCUCAAACCUCUCAAGUCUGGCAGGGAGAUCUUCAAACAGUGUCGGGCCUUCACUGAGAGCAUGGUCUACAAGCGGGACAUGGGUGCUGAUGAACUGUCAGAGUGUGUGCAGGACUUUUAUCAGAACCUCUCUGAACGCCUCCAGACGCAGUUUAAAGGUUCGUCAGAUCAUGUGGAGGCUGUCAUGGAUGAGGUAGAGAAGUACAUGAUGACUCGUCUCUAUAAGGAAGUCUUCUGUCCUGAGACAACAGAUGAUGAAAAGAAAGACCUGGCCAUUCAGAAGAGAAUCAGAGCUUUACACUGGGUCACUAUUGAGAUGCUCUGUGUUCCUGUAGACGAGGAGAUCCCUGAGGUGUCUGAUAGUGUAGUCAAAGCAAUCACAGAUGUGAUUGAAAUGGAUUCAAAGCGUGUGCCCAAGGACAAACUGGCCUGUAUCACACGUUGCAGCAAGCACAUCUUCAACGCCAUCAAAGUCAGCAAGAAAGAGGCCGCGUCUGCUGAUGACUUCCUUCCUACACUCAUCUACAUCGUGCUGAAAGCAAAUCCUCCCCGACUGCAGUCCAACAUCCAGUACAUUACCCGCUUCUGCAACCCCAGCAGGCUUAUGACUGGAGAGGAUGGUUACUACUUUACAAAUCUGUGCUGUGCAGUGGCCUUCAUUGAGAAGCUGGAUGGCCAGUCUUUGAACCUCAGCACAGAGGAGUUUGAGCUCUACAUGUCAGGUCAGGCAUCUCCCAAUUGGCCUCAGGCCUCCGGAGCUUCCUCCUGCUCCCCGGGCAGCACAGCUCUCAGUCAGGUCCACAAACGUCUGGAUCUGCUGACAGGGCUCGGGGAACGGCAGGAACGCGUCAUUGAGAAGGCUCGCCAGCUGGAAAGCGACCUCAUCGACUGGACGGACGAAGUAGAGCAGAAGGUGCAGAGUGUCCUAGACAGCUUUCCUGGAGAGACUAAAAACCCACCUGCAACCACAACCAGUGAGACGACGUCUGCAGAAUCAUCAGCAAUCGACGCCGAUAACAUCGAGAAUGAGCUCCUGCCUCCACCACUCCAACCGCAGGUGUUUGCAGGUUGAUGUGAAGAGCUCUGCUCUAAAAGAAAAUCCACUAGAGGCUUUACUCCACCCUGCCCCUUUUCCCUAUGCUGUCCAUAUGCACAUACAGCAGACAUCCAAUACGGAUGGAUUUUUCACUCCAGAUGUCUAUUCCAUCCAUACAUCAUCCUAAAGGCCAUGAAAUCCCACAGAACAUUAACAGGAUAGUUUCAAAUCAUUGGAACCACAGUUUAAAACUUCCUGGCAGAGAGUCAGGUAAAACGAUCAAGAACCACUCUUUUUUUUUUGGAUGGGAAAUUUGAUGUGACGGCCAGUGAAGUCAGCUAGUUUAUGUUAAAGGCAGAAAAGUUGGGAAAAGACAGCAAGCUAAGCUUUGGCAGUAUAGGUACCAAAAAUUCCUCUGCUCAAGUAGAGGUGCACUGAAUGUGACAAUCAGUGCCAAUACAGAUACCCAUGUUUUAAAAUAACACAGCUGAUUCCAACAUGAAUGGUGAAUUAUGUCUUCAUAAUUCUUUUUGUCUGUUUUUGAAAUGUGUCCAUAACAGGUCUUACAAACUAUGGUUUAACUUUCUCAAGAUUCCCACACUACAGGCAAUUUCAGAGUUUUUCCAAUAGACGACUUCUUUUCUCAGUAUGAAAACGUCUUAUCUGAAUCUGCUAUUAUGUAUACCAGCUAGCCAACAUUAAACUGAUGUAGCAUAAUAGAUACACAUCAGCGACACGUUGUUAGAUAAGGUGAUGUUUGUCAGCAGGGCUGAUAUUGGCUAAAGUUCAGCAGAUGCUAACUGAUCGUCCUUACCUCAGGUCCUGUGAUCCAUUGCACCAGCUAUGCAUAAGUUCUGUCCAAUGGUCUUAGGUCUUAACCCUAUGUUGAAAAUAGUGAAGUUGUUACUUAAGUUGUGUCAUUGUUUGGUUGUACCGUAGGGAUGUUAGGUUCAUCUUAACUACUAGAAUGCAAUGUCCAAGCUAAGCAAAAUGUUGCUAGGAAUGCCUGAUAUAAUUGGCGUUUAUUAGCCUGAAAAGUUAAUGAUCUAUAUUGGCAUAUGGACUUUUCUGCCAAUAUUUAUAAAUUAAGUAUUGGUUGUAAAUAUUAGCCAUAUGUUAUAGGCUUCUCUGAUUCAGAUCGAUUCUUAUUUUCUAAUUAUAUCAAUUUAUAUCCAGAGGUUGAUCUUUAUAUAUAAGCCUGCUCCAUUUUCUGACAGCUCCUCAUUCAACCAGUCUUGGGCUUAAAUCACUUUUAUGCAGCUUGAAACUUGACCUGCACUUGUCUCUAAAAACCUUUGGACCCAGUUUCAAGGUUUAAUUUUUACGCCCAGUCAUUUUAUUUGGGCUAUUUGGUGUGAUCAGUACGAGCUGGAUGUAAAAUACAAUGUAAAUACUACUAGUUUGGAGUCAUUUUUUAAUGCUAAUCUUUAUUUUAAUAAUGUGCCUGGUUGGAACAUUCUUGUACUCCUUCCAGCUUUUGUUCUCUAAAAAUCUUUUUAAUGUCGAAGCAAAAUGGGUUUUGUAACUACAACAUCCCUAAAUUGACAAAUCGUGAAUUGAAUUAGAUCAAAUCAAAUUGGGACCUUGGGAAUCAGAAUCAAUUCAGGCAAUCAGUGGCGAUACCCAUCACUUGUGUGUGCAGUAAAGUUUUUGGAGUUGUCAGGCAGGACCAACAGACUGACGUCAGCCAAAGUCUUUUCUUUUUCUUACCCUAACCUUAAGUAUGCUCUCAGGACUGAAGUUUCCUUCUUUGUUCCUUCUAAAACUUUAAAGUGUAUCAGCUGAAAUGAAUUUGUAAAUAUCAUUAUAUCAGAUAUCAGCAAAAAAUCAAAUAUCCUGUACCCCAAACUGUCUCAGAUAUUAAGUUUUUACUUCAUUUGACCAAUCAAUGAAAUGUUUUUUAAUGUAGAUUGUUACAGUGCUGCCUCUGGUGCCAGGUUGUCUGUGAACAGACA